AUGGACGAGGGUCAUGAUAAAGCCCCUCGACGGAAGAGGGUGUCCCGGGCUUGCGACAGGUGUCGCAGCAAAAAGGACAAAUGCGAUGGCCUUCGUCCCGCGUGCUCCGCCUGUCAGGCAUCGGGCCAAACCUGUUCUUACGACCCUCACGCAAAGAAACGUGGCUUACCGGAAGGCUAUGUCCGCGGUCUAGAGAAGCUCUGGGCUCUCGCAAUCUGCAACAUCGACGGUUUUGAAGACACAAUGUUGGGUCUGCUGGGUACCACCGCCGAAUCCGCGGGCCGGCGAGGAAAGGUUCUGGGGCUCUGGACGGACGACGGCGCGUCGGAAACGCUACAUGAAUCCUGGAAAACCAGCCGGCUCUACGGGGCCCUCGAGAAGAUGCUAUCAAACUCUGAUCCAUCCUCACACACGGGCAAACGCUCCCGCGACGAUCAUGACGAUUGGGGAUUUCGCCUGGAUCGCAGUUCCACCCCCCUCUCACAAGAUGCGCCCCGCGUCGUCGACCCCUCGACCUCCCCCCGAGUCAAGAGACCGCGAUUGUCUCUCCCAACGGAAUCGGGAUCCAUGUCGCAUUCACCAAGCGGUAUCGCUGCACUGCAAUUGCCCCCUCAGACAUCGCAGUUGCUGGAAGUGUACUUUGCCGUCACCCACUCUUGGUUCCCUGUCAUCGCCAAACACAACAUUCUCCGCGCUUCCUAUCUCUACGCCAAUGCCCCGGUGUCAGUGGCCAAGAUGGCCCCGGGGUCUGGUGACCACGCCGCGCUCUGGGCGCUUCUCAGCUAUACUAUCUCCCAAUCGUCCACCAACCCGCCGGACGGGUCCGCGCUGGCCAAGACGAAAGAGUAUUACGCCAUCUCCCGCAGCUUGAUUCCGCCGGAGACGGAGCGAUACGAGUUGGGCCACGUCCAGGCUUUGCUGCUGCUGACUCUGGUGAACAUUGGCCUGGAGGACUGGACGGCCGCCUGGCUGUUGAGUGGACAGGCCGUGCGCAUGGCCAUUUCCAUAGACCUGGGGACCGGUACUGAUAUGCGACGAUCGGAAGAACUGCGGCAGGGGAAGGCUGUCUUCCUCGGGUGCUUUGUGAUCGACUCGCUUCUCUCGUUCCGGAUCUCUCGCCGGCCAUGCAUGCAUCCUCGCGAUCUCGCCACGGUAGGUCUGAUGGAAGAGGAUGGCUUGGAGGAGUGGAAUUCGUGGGCGGAUGUUUUGCCGCCGACGGGAGCCGCGCAGAAGAAUCCGCCUCGUCGGGGUCCUCUUCUCGCCCUGAGCUGCUUCAACCGACUGGUCGAGCUAGCCAGCGUGUUGAACAAGAUUGCUCGUGAUGCCACCGGGCCGAACUGCCAUGUGUUUGCUCAGCAGUUGGUGUUGGAGCUGAAACAAUGGGAUGACCGCUUGCCACUUGGAUGUCGGUUGAUUGGUCCUGAAAGCAUUUACCCUGAGCGCCACUCUGCUCUACUCCCUCAUCAGACAUAUCUAGGGUUGACAUAUGUUGCAACCCUGCUGUGGCUAUACCUGCGCAUUGCGCCUCACGAGCUGGGACUGCAUCGUUCCCAGCGGCCGGCUAUCGAGGGCGCAAAGAAGCUCCUUUACCGCGCCCUUCCCAUGCUUUCGCAACAUCUGGAGAACUUCCGCAUGUGCGGACUGCCUCCGGUAUUCGAAUUCUCUUUACGCACCAUCUCCGAACAAGCCUUUACACUACGCAACAAGAUCGAGUCGGACUCGUUCCCAUUCGGUCGUUGGGAAGAAGCUCUCCUGCAUCGGACCAUGGAGCUUGGUCCGACGUGGCCGGUAUACCGCUCCUUGUCCUCGAAGAUUGACCGCUGGUACCAUUCCAAGGAAUUGCCCGACAGCUCGUCGCCAUCAUUCCCCAGAUCAAACGAUUCGACCCCCAGGCCUGUCCUCUCGACCACUCCCUUCCCCGAUAUGGUAGCGCGUCGAUCUCUGACCGACUCGUCGAUGCCUUUCAAUAGGAGGAUCCCUAAAACGGCCGAUUCCGACUUCACGUCCUCCAUCAUGGGGAUUAGCAUCCCAGUGGAUGGGCAGUACAUGACUCCGAAAGACACCACCAUGGAGAACACCGAUCUAUCUAUGAUGGAUGCGUCUUUCCACCCCCCGUCGCAAGCCUUGGACGGCUCGGCUGAUCCCGCGAGCGCACUCGAUGCCAUGCUCACCCGCCUUCUGCCAUGA